GCGAAGAGCCACGCAGCUCCAUCGUCCAAAGGAUGAGUCAAAGUGGCCCGUCUUCGCUCAGCAGCUCUGGUAGCUUCACGGCGGAAAGCGAAAGCUUCUCCGUGUCGACGACAAGAAACGCUCAUCUGGGAAGACAAACAUAAACAUCUGUUAUUGUGCUCUUCUGUGAAGUGUGCCUUCAUGUUGGAUAGCAGGGAAAACCAGUUUCUCUUACUCGAUAUCGUCACACAGAAGAUUUAGAUGUGUAGUUUAACAUGCGGUACCAAAUGUGGUGAGCACCGAUAAAUUGAUGUCAGCAUGAGGGGAGGGACCCCCGAAUGAGGAAAGCUGGUAGAAGUCUGUGAGAGUCGGUUUGUUGGUGGAAUCCGUGAACCAGCGGUUGGGUUUGUUUUGGUAAGGUUACGGGUGUCGGUCAGUUUUCUGGAGGAAAAGUCUACCACUGGAGAAGAAGCCUGCUUAAGCGCCGCGCGUAUCGCUAGCGACAGACGAGCAUCGAAAGCUCGUGCCAUGUAUCGGUCAUUCUGACUGUCCAGUGUUAAAGCUGACAGUUGUUGGCCCGCCACAGCUACACUGGUUGAGAGUCCGUAAUGAGACGGACAGUUAAACGAUUUUGAAAUAGCCCCAACGUGAGAAGAAGAAGCAGCGAACCGAUCCUUUCAGAAAAACCUCUGGGCAACAGAAUUUGAAUUUGUUUGCUGGUUGUUUCUUCAGAUUACUUUGUUUAUCGGUCGGUUGAUGUAGAUGGGCCUUCCAUGUCUAUCUGCAUGUGUCUGACCCACAACGCCAUUCGCGAGAAAUGGCCCCCUUUUUAAUUUGAACUUGGCAGCGCCAACGAUGUCCCCCCGACUUACGGAAAGAUACCGCUGGACGUAGGCUACCCGGACAGUAACGGUAAUGGUCCUAGCAGCGGGAGGACAACUAGAAUCUAUUCGAAGCCAUCACAGUCUGGCGAGUCAUCUCCGUCGUAUUAAACGCUGAAUGUGACGUACGUUAUCGCUGAUUUGUAGUACUGUUCCGACCAUUGCAAAGGCUGAGAAAAAUAGGAUGAAGUAUAAAAAGCGGUAACAAUAAAGAGAUGGCAAUUUACUGACAGGAGAUCAAAAAUGCGUGUCAAAACACCAACAACUGCACGGAACAGCCAAUAAAUGACUGGUGUGACCGGUUAGAUAUAAGUGGCUAAACCCAUUGUGCCUUGUCACAAGUAACUUGCAGCAAGGUCGAGCUGGGUCGAAGGCACGCGAAAUACAAAUCUGUGCUAUUUAUACGUGACCAUUAUAUCAUCUCUACGUUUUCUGUAAUAUAAAUAAAAAGUCAUAAAGCGAUUAAGAUAAACGAGUACCACAAACCGGAAGCAAAAACAACAUUUUUUCGGGAUCAAGAUUCAUACGACAAUGUGUGUUGCGACGUCGAUACGAAAUCGGGAGAACGUAAUAUGUCCGUUAUCAGCAAUCGUCAGCGAAACGCAAUAAUUGUUACUAUUCAUAGGGAAAUUUUAUCUGAAGCGUAUAUAAAUGUGCUAAGUCGCUAUAUAUUAAAAAUCGUAUAAAGGAUGUAUACACUUGCUCCAUGGAUCAAAGAGACGCAGUCAUAAUGUAGUGGGCAGAAAGAGUGACUAGAAAAUCGAAUUAGGCAAAAAAAACGUCGUCUUCCUGUUUUCGUCUGACCUGAUUCGGUACCUGUCAACUGUCAAGCCCGAGCGUUGUUUCUUCUUUAACCAGAAUUAAGUGAAAUUAAGAUGGAACCGUUUUGUCAUGAUGAAUCCCCUAUAUAACAAAUAUCAAAAAAUCACUGAAGUCGAAGUGACAAUUUGCUGUCUGGCAAAAAGUACGCAACAUGUGACACGCAAACAAGGAUCGUUUCCUAGUGCUGGCAGCUACCGCCGUGACAUCAUUCGACGAACCAAACGGAUGCCCGUAUGUGUUUCGUAUGCGUGUGAUCGUUGCAUAGGCAAAUCAUGUAGUAACUCAUAGGGAAGAACGGGAAACAGGGUUUAUAGCUGUUCUAUUAAGUCAUCAUCGAUUGUUCAUAUGAAAGAUUGAUGCCCAUAACACCCGUUGACAACGCUGAAAUGAUGAAACUUUCAAAAACCGUCCCAGCGCAGCACACGUUGCAGAGACAGCGUACGGCCCAUCCCCUCGUCACGUUGGUGUCUCGACGCAACAGCUGCCUGCUCGGGCUAGUUGCCCUUUGUUCAACUCUCAUCGUCCUGGUUCAGGUGGCCUCUUACAGUGACCGAGGUGCCUUCUAUCAGAGCCUGGUUAGAUAUGCGGAUUCGCCGCCCAUUCAGAAUCUGUUAGGCCAACAAGGAUAUUUGUUGACAUCGUCAAGUGGCACAGCGCAGGGCGUAACCGCUAAGAGUGCCCAGACAGUUGUUGCCACCGCAUCAUCGGACAUCAACUCGGAAAGGUCUCCGGCAAAGCCAGUCACCGAGAGAAAAUUACAAAAGGUCUCCAUUGGCAUUGCAAGUUUACGCCAGCUUUCAGGGAGUGCUUCAGUACAAUUGUCUUUACCAAGGCUACACGAUGCGGGCAGGAUAGUAGGGGCAAUGUUAAAGAUGUACCGAGUAAUUCCGCCAAACGAAGUUCGCCGGGUGCUCAUUGUAUCAUAUUUUCGUUCCGGGAGUACCUUUCUGGGGGACAUCUUACAGACGCCAUUGAAGACGUUCUACCACUUCGAACCAUAUCACAUCACUGGCGCUACUCGUCUCAGAUUCGGUGAUAUCAGUGAAGGCGAGUGCGCUCGCCUGUUCGGCCAUCUAAUGCGAUGCGAAUUUGAUCAAUUACCCGAGUAUAUGGCCUGGGUGUCCCAGAAUAACAAUCAGUUUCUGGUUCGGCAUAACCAGUUCCUCUGGCGCCAUUGUACCCUCAAAAACAACAUCUGCUUUAACGCAACGUACAUGCAGGGAAUGUGUCAACGGAGCCCGCUACAGGUGGCUAAAUUUGUUCGUGUUCCUCUACGUUACGCGCUAAAUUUCGUAAGGGAAGAUCCUGAGUUCGCCAAAAGCACCGCCAUCGUUCAUUUGAUUCGGGAUCCGCGCGCGGUACUUGCUUCUAGGCGUCACUUAGACUGGUGUCAGGACGAGUGCGCUCGAGCAGAUGCCCUCUGUUCGCAGAUGUCAGAGGACGUAGAAACUUUCGAAGAACUACAAAAAUCACACCCGAAGGUGACUAUGGUGCAAAUUAAAUUAGAGGAACUUGCCACAGAUCCAUUUAAUCAGACGCGACGGCUGUUCCAACAACUGGGGUUACUGUAUGAAAUGUCGACGGAAGCGUUUCUGAAGACGCAUACGCAACAUGGAUCAACUGAUCCGUACUCAACGCGUAGAAAUUCGGCGGCUGUCGCCUAUGAUUGGCAGCAAAGAUUGUCACUCAAGGAAACUUUAGACAUCCAGCACAUUUGUGGGCCGUUAUUACUGCGAGCUGGGUACGAUAAGGUCGAGGUCAAAGACAACAGGGAGGAGAUGUUUACAGAGUUCGAACAUUCACAUUGAUUGAUAUCUACAACGUUGUUUGUGUUUCGAAUGGGCCCAAAUAGAGAAAUUGUGACAUUAUGGCGUGAUUUAUCGCCGUUCAAUCUGUAAGGGCCAGUGGAUUCCGCAAUGGUACAGUCGUAGCGCGUGUCCAUAUUAAAAAUCUAGGAACAUAGGAGUCUCCUUCGUUAAGACACACCUCGUCCUUUACUGGAAACGAGUCAUCUGAAGCAACGUCUAACUGAGGCAGAAUCUGGCAAUUAAA